GGGUGUCAGCCAGCCAGCCAGCCGACUCGCGGACAAGCAAAGCAGUAACGGACGCGCAGUCGGGCGUAGUGGUUCGUCGUCACAGCGCCCGCCAUCUGUCGGCGUCGGUCCCCACGUGCUGACGUGCAAGCUGAAUUUGACAAGCCAAAUCAAUUCACCCCCUCAGUGGGCGCAAGCAUAGGUAAAUCUCUGUCGUAGUGUUUGUACUCACCCUGUAAGUGAUUUUUGGUGUUUCUCGAGACUUUGUCCCUCUUCCCUCGAACUUUAUGGGCAUAAUAAAGAUAUGCAAUGUCUCAUAAGCAUUAUAAGAAGUUAAAGUGUCAUGUAAAUGUAAUAAAAUGUUUAUUUUAGUGGUUUACGUACGUUGAAUGGGACAUUAGUGGGUGAAACCAUUAUUAUUCUUAACAUUUUUAACUGAAAUUUAGUGAAAUACGUAAUUAUCUGUUCACUAGUGUUUAUAUUGCUUGAAGAAUGGAAUUCCGCUUUUAGUGUGUGUAAGUGAACGUGUUUUAAGUGUUUAAUUUGUGAAUAAAAUCAAUAUUAUUUCCCUUCUACAUGAGUAAACAUUAGGACUGAUAUUUGAAUGAGAAUGGUAGUGAAUGAAAGAUCAAAGCGAUUAAAUUAAUUUAAAUCUGUUAGAAAGAAAUUAAGUUAAAUGUACAUUAGUUAUUCGUAAUCAGAUGUAACUGAAAUAUAUGUUAUUUAUCCCAUUCGACUGAGAAAUGCCUCGAAAUGAACUGGAAAAUUUAUAUUUGAAUCACUGUGAACAAACAAAACGAGGAAACAGUUGAAGUAAAGAGAUUCCAUUAUCAGAAUCAGAUUUUCUGAUCUAUUAUCUCAAUUAAAAGAAAUCUGAAUGAAAGGAACCAAACAAUUUUCAACUAUGACUUUAUUCAUCAGACUUCCUGGAUUCAACCCCCUCGUGAUCUUCUGCAUUGGCACUUUAAUCAGCAUCUCAUCAACUGGUGUUCGUGGAUUGCGUGGGGUGCAGAUCACCGUCCCAGAGGCGGUUCCUACUGGCGAUCUGGCGAGACUCAACUGUGACUACGACCUGGAGAAAGACCAGCUGUACACCAUCAAAUGGUACCGUGGAGACGAAGAAUUUUACCGCUUCGUGCCCAAGGAAUCACCACCAACCAGGGUGUUCCCACUGCAGGGUAUUCACGUUGACAUCUCCCAGUCAAACGCCUGGACGGUGGCUCUACGAGAUGUGCAGCGUGACCUCACGGGGUUCUACAAGUGCGAGGUGUCGGCGGACGCUCCACUCUUCCACACCGAGAUCAAAUCUGGUCUCAUGAUAGUCGUAGACCUUCCUGAGGGCGACCCGACUCUGUUCGCUGAGAAACACAAGUAUUCGUUGGGAGAGAAGAUACGGGCUAACUGCACGUCACGUGCGUCCUACCCCGCAGCCAAUCUCACGUGGUUCGUCAACGGACAACAGGUCAUGAACUCACAGCACACAGUGGUGUACCCCUCUACCGUACAAGAAGUUGGAGGUAUGGAGGUAUCACAGACGAGCCUGGAGCUUGAAGCUACUAGUGGAGUUUUCAGGGAAGGAAGGCUUCGGCUCAGGUGUCUGGCCACCAUCUUCACGCUGUAUCGCCGUAGUGAAGAGCUGGAGCUCACUGAAGACACGCCUCAACUUGCACCGGUCAUGGGACCCACAGCCCCACAUAGUCUCGAUUUUGGAAUCAGAAUGGAAUCUUCAGUCAAACUGAUCGUAAUUCUGAGUAUGGCACUACUUCUCGUCCUUAACACCAGAUAGCAUGAUUUAUUCUUGUAAAGCAUGUAAUGAAGUAACUGGUGAUAAACUUUUAAAUAUUUCGUUCAUUGUUUAAAAGUGAAAUAAGCAGUGCGCAAUGGACAGGCAUUGUUGUGUAAAUGGAAAUCCAAGUGUACCGGCUGACAUAGUGCAAGAAGUGAUAACAGAACAAGAUAUCCAAUGUGUCUCAUGUUCCAUAUUGAUGAGGACCUAGUAAUAUUUAUAGUGUUGCUAUCUCUAAGAUAUUUAAUAUUAAUUCAGUUUUGUACCAUAUUUAAAAGAACUAACUUUAAAGUAUCUCAUCUUUUGAUGCCAUAAAAUAUACCAAAGGAAACAAGAAGUAUAGUUGGGGGCUUCCAGUAGUGGUAACAUUUCAGACAUCUCAGUUCAGCCAUGUUCUUUUUUGAGCCCUAAAGAUAAAUAAAAAUGAGACAGUGAGUUGGAGGACGGAAGGGGUGUAGUUUCUUUAAUCACCAAUUUGAUGCAACAAAUUUUGAAGUCACUUUCAUAAAGUAGACAUAAUAUUUAAUAUUAAUGAACUUCAAAUAUUUACUGAUGUAUACUGAAUAUAUAAAAUUUAACACAACAAUUUCACAACAUUUCAGUUAAAGGUUUCCUUACUUGUUUCCCCAUUAUACGUAUCCAGUACCCUCAAAGAACUUUGGUCUCCUUAGGGACAGAUAUUCAUGCUUAUGCAUUAUUUGUUGUUGCUUCCAUCUCAUCUAUUUUAGCUCUCGUAAAUCAUUUUCUGCAACUCCAGGCAUCUCAAUCCGGUACUUCUCACCUUUUGUCAACUGUCAAAUUUUCGCCCCUUUUAAUUAUUCUUACUUCUUAAAAUGCCAUGAGGUUUUACUAUAAUUCCAUGUUAAACUCGUUCUUAUGAACGAUUUGGAGCAGAAAAAAAGAACACUAACUGUACAUACACUGACACACGUAACUGACAUUUUCCAUCUUCUGAUUUUGGUUGAAGAAACAAAGAGCUUUGAAGCAGUCUCUGCUUCCGUCAUCAAGUAGAAUUAUGAAAAAUAUUCUGCUGGAUGUAGUAGAAGGAACUAAUCUCUAUCCCCGGUCUGGGAAGGUUAGGUUAUUAUAAUGGUCCUAACGGAUUACGUUUCAUAUUUUUCCUGAUGACGGAAACAAAACCAGCUUCAGAACCUCGUGACUCUUUAACCAGUUGCUGUACUCUUUAUGGGCUGCAUUCAAAUUACGUGCACGAAAUGAAUCCAUACCCUUCAAAACAAUCUCCGCAGAUUUAUCACUAGACGUCCGUAUGUUCAUAGAUUUACUACAUGGGUCCUCAAACAAGUAAACUAUUUCUGCUUUAUUACGGUGAUGUUUCACAGCGACAAAACAACUAUUGUAACCUUUACGGGACGCCGUCUCACAGACGUCAAAGGGAAUCAAUGGCUUUAUAAAAGUAAGAGGAUUGAAAAUGUCAGUCAUAUGUGUCAGUUGUACACCUUCAUGACAAAAUUUCAGACAUAUUGACUUUACUUGCAAUCCGAUUAGAACCCCUGUGUUUCCAUACCAUUUUCUGUAGUAUUAUGCUGCAGAUUUGGCGAGAUGAAAGAAGGUUCAAUAGAACAUUUUAAUCAUAUGAUAACAAAUUGCAAUAUGUUGAUUUUCCGAAAUGAUCCUUAACACCAGGCAUGUUUCGUGUGUACAUAUAAGGUCGAUGCUCAAUCAUGCAGCCGUUUGAACAGAAGCGGCUUGAACAAUUGUAUUAGUCCUAUAUGUAAAUAAUAUUGUAUUGUAACUUUGUCAUGUAUUAUACAUAGAAUAAAUACCUAUAUUCACCCACACACGAGUUUAAACAUGAGAGGAAAUAUUUGUUAGGAUUUAGUUAUAUUUUGGUCUGGAGGUUUUAAAACACUAGAAGAGUGUCCUCACGUCUUACGAAGAUCCGUAGGACAAUACAGAUCAAAUCCGCUCUUCCACCUGUUGUGACAAAGAGCUAAAUGUUGAGUUCUCUAUGUAUGAGAGACUAGAAGAACAAUAACAAAACGUGAACAUCGAAAGUUAAACAUGGUGUGUGUGUUUAUUUUUAUGUUCAUUUGUGAAUGCGUUUGUCUUAUAUGUUGCAAGUACAAUGUAAUAAAUACACUCAUAUACAUUGUCAAGAGAAGUAAUAUUAACAGAAAUAAAGGUUGGGAAUUAGUAAAUA